AGCAAACGGCAGCGCGAAGAUCUCGACAAUUGAUUUCUGUUCGUCCUGAAGCGGCCGGCGUGAACGCGCAUCUCAAAAGGUGUGGCCAUUGCUCGCCCGUUUUGCCUUGUCAAUGAGCCUUUCGUAGCCCUACCGCGCGAGCGAAACAGCGCUUGCGACCCGUUUGCUACCGCGAUAACACAGCAUUGGUCCGCCAGCCGUUACGUUGCCGUCCCAGGGAACGAAAGAAACAAAGCCCUGCAGGCCGCUCGACGACUUUUGUCGACGGCUUGUUCUUGUCCAGCCUCCGCCAAAUCACCCCACUGCCGUGGUCGACGGCGAUAACACCCGUUCCUGUCCCAAACGUGCUCGAAAUCCCGUAAUCACGACGGUACACCUCUUUGUCAAAGCCUGAAACUCCCAAAGGCCGUCAUUGUGUCAGAUCUCGUGGCCUCCCGUCAUCGCAGGCGUAGAUUGUAUUCUCUUCCGAGCGGCACUUCGAUCCCUCGCUGUCAGGGUUCGGCAGCCGUAUAGAUAAGAGCAUGGCAGCCGCUGUGGCAAGAGCACCAGCCAUACCAGACCGCCCGUCCACUCCCCCACCACAUCUCAAGCUAAACACAUCAUCGCGAGGUACGCCGGCGGCAGUACCGAACAAGCACCUCCCGGUAUGCUCGCCCGGCCCCCCGCCAGUCCACGGUCUUGAGACGCCGCCUUCUUCGCCUCCUUCUGGAAAUUCUCUUCUCAAGCCAUCCUCCUUGCUAGACCCUCCCACAGGACACAGGCGGCUGCAGAACGACCCGCCCGUCUACGAGAUUAGCGCCGCAAAGCUAUCCAAGGCAAUCGACCAUCUAGCGUCACAGCCGCUCCCAGACACUAAAAACGUCUUCCCAUGGCUUCACGGCUUGCAUGCGGACAAUAUUAUGCAGCUGGGCUUCUUCACUGCGCGAAAGAAGACUGUGCGCAAGAUCCCGCAAUGUCUUCGUGGAAUCGCAAUAGUAAAGUGUGGAGGAGAUCUCAGCUCGUCCAAGCUUAAAGGAGCCUUGUUGCCAAACGAGCUGCUGCGCGAGCCGUCGCAUCCGAAGGAAACCCCGUGCUUCCAAGAGAUAGAUCCUCGGGAUGGCUUUUCCGUGCGCAACUUUCAGAUCCAGGCAUGCAAAAUGGCGACCGUGUCGGACAUUGUGGUCUACGGCGACGUCGACACCUCUCGCGAGAAGGUCAUGGAGCUAGCACGAAACCUCUCUCAGGCGCAGAAGUCGUGGAAGGCGCAGCAGAUAGCCAAUGGCUCCGAGCCACUAACAUUCCACACAUUUGUUCUGACGGACUCGUUCGACGCGAUCGAGCGGAAGCAACCACACUUGGUCGCCAUCGACUCCACAGGCGCCAUGACCGGAAACGUGCCGGACUUCUUCUUCUUGGAGCGCAAAGAGAUGUGCGUCAUGUCCAAGGCUUCGGAGAUCAGCAAAAACGUCUAUCUAGGACCGACGCCUGACCCUCAACUCCAGGAGUACAACGUCGACGACCCAGAUUUCGACGUCUUCAUCGAAGCAACGGACCUGGCUCAGGUUGCAACGAAAACCGCCCUGGACCAGCUGAAGUUGACUUUGCAGGAACCGGGCCACCCGAAGCUGCACAUCGAGUUCCCAUCUAGCGGCAGCAUCAUGCCUCCAACAUGGUCACACGCCGAGGUGGAUGGCCUUUUAGCCACGUGCAAAUGGAUCUAUGAAGUGUCUCAUGCACUUAAUCUGGAUGAAUCCACGGAGGACGAUGGUGACAGCAUCAUGUUGUGCACGCUAAGCAAUGCGAAAAAGGUCCUCAUCCAUUGCACGGAUGGCUACACAGAGACAUCACUACUGGGCCUGGCGUAUUUCAUGUAUGCCGAGGGCUUGCCCGUUCACGAGGCGUGGGUGCGCCUCCACACAGAGCGGGGCCGCAAUUUUUUCGCCUACCCGACCGACGUGAAACUCCUCGAAUCGAUCGAGGUCCGCAUCCUUCAGGAAUCGCCAGCUUUCACGGGUAACAUCCUCAAGCUCGAGGAGCCCAGUUGGUUUGGUCGUCUCGAUGGCAGUCUGCCCUCCCGCAUACUCCCUUAUAUGUACCUUGGCAACCUCAACCACGCAAAUAAUCCUGCAUUGCUCCGGGAGCUAGGAAUAACUCGCAUACUCUCCGUUGGCGAGUCCCUCGCGUGGUCCCAGGCCGAUCUCGAGUCCUGGGGAACGGAUAAUCUUAUGUACAUCGACCGUGUGCAGGACAACGGCGUGGACUCGCUUACCGACGAGUUCGAACGGAGUCUCAAGUUCAUCGAAAGGGGGAAACUUGACGGCAGUGCAACAUUGGUACACUGUCGCGUGGGCGUGUCGAGGAGCGCCACGAUUUGCAUCGCAGAGGUAAUGAGCGAGUUAGGCCUCAGUUUUCCCAAGGCGUACUGCUUUGUGAGGGCAAGAAGGUUAAAUGUGAUCAUUCAGCCGCAUCUAAGAUUCACAUAUGAACUUCUCAAGUGGGAGGAGACGCUACAGGUUAAACGCGGCGAGCCCAUUCGCCGCGAACUCGAAUGGGCGACCAUUGCACGCGAGAUCGCAGCGAUGAACAAGCCUUACUCUCGACAAUGAGAACGCCUCUUCAUUUUUCAUGACGUAAAAAUUGACGACUUGUUACGUGCAGCGAUGAAUUCUUUCUUACGACAAACGACAUGAACUAAACGGGACCAGCAACAAACACAUAAGGAGCUCGGGCUUCUUCGAGGAUGUUACACUAGUACGGCUACUUCAUGAUUUCCUUUUUUUUCUCUUGGUAACGUCUUUCUUGGCGAAUCUUUUUUAAGGCUUUUUUUAAGGUCAAAUUUGCUACUCAUUCAACGGGUUUCCUUGGGCUUGCAACCCGGAUGUCUACUGCUGCUACUACGAAUGCCAUUUUUUAAGACUGGGCGUGCUGGGCAGGCCAGUGGCGUUCAGAUAGCCCCCGAUCACAUACGUCGGGUUAUUGGUUUGGUACAGCAUAGCCAUGCAUUCUCGGGCGUUAAAAGACGUCUUUGCUUCUACGGAAGGUGGCUGAGUAAUAUCUUGGGCAUAAAUUUUUCUUUUCCUGACCAGACGCAAUAUAAAUCUUCUCAUCCCACAGUUCUCCAUUUACAGCUUUUUCCUCUCUUCCGUCUACUUCAAAAAGAAGGGGUUCGUCUUCUUCAUUUAUUUUUUCUUCUCCCCUCCUCUCACCGAAUGCGCAUUCUUUCUACGUAACGGUACAGAUCAAUUUGGUCUCCUGACGUCUUGAGAUUCAAAUUUUCCUCCUCUCGCAUGUAUCUUCCACCAAGAGGCUUGACGUGU